AUUGCAAAUCGGACGUGGAUGAUGUGUUUCAUUUUGUGGAAUACCAAAUAAAUUAAGCUUAUUAGAGUUAAUAUUAUGUCGGUGUCCUUAUGUUAACUCAGCCUAAUAAGAUAACAUGAAUUUUAAUGCUUCCAGAAACGUGGGUCAGCCAGGAGGGUUGCGGAAGGCAAAGCGCGUGAGUGAUGUGGCGGCUAUGGGGGCGCCGACGCCCACGCCCGCCUUCGCCCCAGCAGCGCCUUACGCGCCCGGGUACCCGCCCGCCGGCCCGCCGCCUCCUUACCAAGAAGGCAUACAAUUAGAUACUCAAGACUUCAAUUCAUCGGCUCCUGCAGCCAACUAUGGCUUCAUGCCGCCGGGCUUCCCUCAGUCGUCCCCCAACCCCGCACAGCUGGGAUCUAUGCUUCAACAGCCUAUUGUACAGGACAUGGCACUGCAGUACGGCAACGAGCUGGCGGCGGCGGGGCGCGCGGCCGUGCAGCGCGAGCUGGGCAAGUACGUGCCGGUGUCGCGACUGCGGUACUACUUCGCCGUCGACACACGAUACGUGCUGCGGAAACUCAUGCUCAUCAUGUUCCCCUACACGCAUAAAGAAUGGAUGGUGAAAUACGACCAGAACAGCCCGGUGCAGCCGCGAGACGACCUCAACGCGCCCGACCUGUACAUCCCUUGCAUGGGCUACGUCACCUACAUACUGCUCGCAGGCUUCAUGCUCGGUCUCCAGCACCGCUUCUCGCCCGAGCAGAUAGGCAUCCAGGCGUCGUCAGCGCUCGCCUACAUCAUCUUCGAGAUGAUACUCUACCUGGUCACCCUGUACAUCACCAACACCCACACCAACCUGAAGACCUUGGACCUGCUUGCCUUCUCCGGGUACAAGUACACCACCAUGAUCGGAAGUCUGCUGGGAGGACUGCUCUUAAGCAAAAUGGGGUACUAUUGUACCUUGGUGUAUAGCAGUGUUGCGUUGAGUUACUUUUUGGUGAAAACCCUCCGCCUGCAACUCCUAUCAGGCUCCAUGGCGACGGAGCCUCCUCAGCAGUACGGCGGCUACCCAGCAUACGGCGGCAACCCGUACGCCGAGCAGUGGUCCAAGCCGUCAUCAGCUGGUGGCACCAAGCGGCGCGUGUACUUCCUGCUGUUCGUGGCGGUCACGCAGCCCCUGCUGUCGUGGUGGCUGACGGCGCACCUCGUGCCCAACGCGGGCCCAGCAGCCAGUGUGCCGCCGCCCGCGCGAUAGCCCGCGAUACUAGAUGUGCAUAGUGACUGAUUGUGAUACUUGUGCAGUGUAAAGACUAAACAGUGUUUCCGGUAAUUGAAAGCGGUACAGUGAAAGAAAUUUGGCGGACCCAAGUAGUUGACCAGCUAGUUCCUCCUACAUACAACAGAUGGCGCCACCAUUAAAAAUGCAGGCUUGAAACGCGCUAUCGAAGUUUGCACAGCGCGAUACGGAAGUUGAAAAGUGAAUGAGGAUGCUGUUAGAUUUUCUACCGUGCGCGUGUACCCUCAGGUACAUAUCUGCUCAAACAUACUUUUUUAUACAAAUAUUUACAAUGAGCACUUUUAAACAAUAAGAACUUGUAUCAGAGACGAAGAAAGACAUCAAACGUAACAGGCAACACACGCCGAGUGUGUUCAAAUAGUGACGUGUGUUGUAAUGUGUGCCGUGUUCCUAGUAGGUUCCUUCACUGUACCAAUACAAAUACAUUAUUGACCCCAUGUAUAUGAACAAUGCUGCCAAUAGUCAUAAAGAUGCUAAAGGUUCUGUACAAGUGUUGUUACUUGAAAUACAACUGGGAUUCUUUAAAUGAAUUUGGUUGAUUCUAGUUUGUGGUUUUUGUUUUUAUCCGAGUAUCAAAACAUGAUAAUCAAACAAAACGUGAUAUCAAACAAAAGCAAUAUCAGCAACAUCUAAUUUUAACUACAAAAUAGACGUAAUUUAGCUAGAAAUUUUAAAUUUUCUAACUGCAAAGUAAAUCAUACACUAUGCACAGAUUCGCGUAAAUAUUGUUAUAUUAGUGCAAUCGAACUUAUGAGCAAGUUGACAGAAUGUAAAGGUGAGGCUUCCUAGAGCUUUGUGGAACGCCAGGAAGGAUUAGAAAUCAAGGGGAAUUGGAAUACCAGCCAUGAUUUGUAAAGUUACAUUUUUGUAAAUAAACCAAAAUUAUUGAAUUGAAAACCUGUCUCAGUUCUACCUCCGAAAUUAUACGAAGUUCUUAUGAACAACUCGAUGUUCCUGCGACCCGUAUUAUUUAAUCGCUUAUUAUUUCGUCCCUUAGCAUUUACUUAAGCAAUUCCAGCCGAAGUUAUUGUUUACCAUUCCGUAAAUAUACUCUCAACUAGCAUUCUUUGUGUGCCCCGUUUGUGUCGGAUCUUAAUUAGUUAUUUUAUAAAUAUUUAGAUAGAUGAAGUUUAGUCAUUAUUUGAUGAAAUUAAAUUACAUUAUAUUCAAUAGACCAUCUAACAUACUUGAUUUGUGUAAAAACUAACUUUUUGUAUGCAAUUGAUUCGCUAGCUGCUCUUAAUUAUCUUGUAGACAAAUGAAUCUAUAUUCGUUAAUGCUGGGUUGUAUUAGCCGGUGUCCUAAUACCUUGUAUUUUGUACUAACUCAAUGGAAAUCUAUUAAAGGAUAGUUUUUUA